AACCCACACCCAACUCUCCAAGCGCUUCUUUAAACGUGCGAGUCAUGCAACUAGUGACAGUCCCGCGGUCUCUGGACACCUUAAGAACGAAAAGCCAGAUGAAACUCGGGAGGUUCUGGACAUAUUUCAAUACCUAGAUGUUCGUUCGUUCACAAAGAUGAUCAUGGGUUGCCAGAGAACUGGCUGCCUUGACGAUGCCCUGAAACUGUUCGACGAAAUGCCCGUGAGAGAUGCAAUUUGCUGGAACACAAUGAUCAAAGGCUGCUUAGACUGCGGGGACUUGAUGAUGGCGGAAGAGCUUUUUGAUGAAAUGCCCGAACCAAGUGUUGUUUCGUGGACGACAAUGAUAGAUGGGUUCUUUCGAUUUGGACAAGUUGAGCAGGUAGAGAGAUAUUUUAAAAAACAGAUGCCCAUAAGGGAUCUUGCUGCAUGGAAUGCGAUGCUUCAUGGGUAUUGUGAGAAUGCGAGGGUUGAUGAUGCUGUGAAAUUGUUUGAGCAAAUGCCUUCUCGAAAUGUGAUUCCAUGGACUCCAAGGACUGGCGGGCUUGACCAAAAUGAUUCAUGGUCAUGUUUUCAAGUCAGGAUUCUGCCUUAGUCGAUUUGUAUGUGCUUCUCUCAUCACGUUCUAUGCUAACUGCAAGCGCAUUGAGAAAGCAACCCAAGUCUUCAAUGAAGCAGUUUAUAGGAAUGUGGUCAUAUGCACGGCUCUUCUAACUGGUUAUGGCUCGAAUGGUAGGCAUGAAGAUGGCCUGAAGGUGUUCAGUGACAUGAUGAGAACAAGUGUUCUUCCUAAUCAAUCUUCUUCUCUAAGUUCUUUAAACUCUUGCUGUAGUUUUAGAGUCUCUAGAUCGAGGUAAGGAGGUCCAUGCGUCAGUUGUAAAGCCGAAAUUGGAAAGUGAUGUUUUUGUUGGCAAUUCUCUUAUAGCCAGGUAUAAUAAGUGUGGAGGCUUUGAUGAUGCUGUUGUAGUGUUCAAAAGACUCAGGGAGAAGAACAUUGUCACCUGGAAUGUCGCUGUUUGCGGGUUUGCACAACAUGCCUGAGGGAUGUGGGCUAUGGAGUUGUUUAGCCAAAUGAUUUGCGGACUGGUACAACCAGAUGACAUCACACUCACGGGACUACUUUCUUCCUGUAGUCAUUCUGGGAUGUUACAAAAGGGGAGGUGCUUAUUCAGAUACUUUAGUGAGAACACUUUCAGUGAAUUGAAGCAUGAGCAUUAUGCAUGCAUGGUAGAUGUGCUAGGAUGAUGUGGGAAGCUAGAGGAAGCAGAGGAUAUUGUAAGAACAUGCCCUUUAAAACUAACUCCAUAGUGUGGCUUGCUUGGCUUAGUUCUUGCAGGAUGCAUUCUAACCUAGAUUUGGCAGAAAGAGCUGCAAACUAUAUUCUUGACCCAAAACCACAUUGUAGUGCUGCUUAUGUUUUACUGUCCAACUUCUAUGCUUCUGCUAAUAGGUGGGGUGAUGUCUCGAGAUUAAGAGUGACUAUGAGGGAUAAAUGGAUUGUGAAGCAACCAGGUAGCAGUUGGGUUACUAUAAAGGGGCAAAAGCAUUUAUUUCUUUCUAGGGAUAAAUCCCACCGUUUGAGUGAGAACAUCUAUUGGAAGCCGGAUUGGUUGAAACUGAAGUUGAAGGAAUCGGGUAACGUUCCAGAUAAGAGGUUCUCUCUCCAUGACAUGGAAGACGAACAGAAGGAAGGGUCAUUAUUACUAUCAAGGGUAGUACAAUAACUGUAAUGAAGAAUCUUUGCAUUUGUGGGGAAUGUCAUUUUGCAAUUAAACUUAUUGCAAAGAUUGUUGAUCGUGAGAUGGUUGUGAGAGAUUCCAGCCGCAUUCAUCGCUUUAGGAGUGGCAUUUGCUCUUGCGGGGAUUAUUGGUAGCGAGGGCAUGAGGUUAUUUCUCCUGUCAUGAACCUGUAAGCAUGCUGAGUUUGCUCAUUGUGUUAAGCAUUGAUGAGAGUGGAGCUGCUAUAUGAGCACUAUACAAUAUGGGCUUACUUUAAUUGUUGACAUAAUAGAUAAUGAAUCCAUGUGGAAUCCAUGGCUUUUUUAUCAGCUUUGGUUUAGUCUAGGAGGCUAAGGGAGUUCAAACAUUUCUUAGCUGUAUGUGUUGGGCAUGUGGAAAGUUGGAGACUUGGGAGGAAAUCUUGCUUUGGAUGGCAUUGCCAUCCAUUGGCUCCAUACAGGGAUUUCUGUUGAGAGGUGAGUAUUUAUCACUUUGUUUAUGGCUUUGAAGCCACCAGAAAAAAAGAAACUAUUUACACAUAAGAUAUCCCUUCUGCGGAAUUAAAUUAAGGGAGA